GAGAGUAGUUGUUGCUCAAAUUCAUAACUGAUACAGGAACCAGUUAGAGAGAGAUGGCCGACGGAGGAAAAAUGGUUUGCGUCACGGGAGCUUCCGGUUACAUAGCGUCUUGGAUUGUGAAGCUUUUGCUCCGCUGUGGCUACACCGUUAGGGCCACCGUUCGAGACCCACGGGAUGCAAAGAAAACAGAACAUCUUCUUGCACUAGACGGUGCAAAAGAAAGACUCAAACUGUUCAAAGCAGAUCUUUUGGCCGAAGGUUCUUUCGAGCAAGCAAUUGAAGGAUGUGACGCUGUCUUCCACACUGCUUCUCCGGUUUCAUUAACUGUAACUGAUCAUCAGACUGAGCUGAUUGACCCGGCCGUAAAGGGUACACUUAACGUCCUUGGAACUUGCACUAAAGUGGCAUCUGUUAAGCGGGUCAUCCUAACAUCGUCCAUGGCCUCAGUUCUGUUUCAUGUGCCUCACUUGGGACCAAACGACUCAAUAGACGAGAGUUGCUUCUCCGAUCCAAUUAUUUGCGCUGAUAAAAAGCUUUGGUAUGCAGUCUCAAAGACUUUGGCCGAGGUUGAAGCAUGGCGAUUCGCAAAAGAAAAAGGGAUUGACUUGGUCGUAAUAAAUCCAGGACUUGUGCUCGGACCACUUUUGCAGCCAACGCUUAAUUACUCAGUUAGUUUGAUCGCGGGUCUUAUCAAAGAUAAGAACGAUUCCGUUAAUAAGAACAGUAGGUUGGUGGACGUGAGAGAUGUUGCACUCGCUCAUGUCAAAGCGUACGAGACUCCUUCAGCCAAUGGUAGAUAUAUCAUUGAUGGUCCGAUUGUGACGAUUAAUGACAUUGAGAAGGUUUUGCACGAAUUCUAUCCCGACUUGAAUCUCGUUGACAAGAAUGAAGCAAGUGAGAUAAUUCCAGUGAUUUACAAGCUAAGUGUUGAGAAAGUGAAGAGUUUGGGAAUCGAGUUCACUCCUACAGAGGUCACCCUUAGAGACACUGUUCUUAGUCUCAAAGAGAAAUGUCUUGUGUGAUCAGACUCAUAUCUUAAUUCCCUUCGUAAUUGUAUUUUUUUUUUUUUUUUGAACUAUGCAAAUUUCAUAAAUAAAGAAUAAAAAA